CCGCGACAUGAAAAUUCGUUUAAUUCGCUGAUUCGCUGCAGUUGGUCGUAGGCGGCGAAAGAAGGUCGCUUUUUAUGUCACGCCUCGCGUCGAUCGUCAACGAUGAUCGCCCGUCGACGUCGACUCGUCGGCACUGUCGGCACCGCCAGUCGAGAACAAAAUUGCGAAAAAGAGCCGAAAAUGUGCGUGCUCGACUGCCUCAAUUGAUUGUCGUGACCGUCGUGACUCGUGACAUCAGUUAUAGUCGGCGAGCCGAAUCACGCUGGCAGAGUAACGAUCGCUAGGUCGAAGGCAAAGGUAGAGAGGGAGAGAGAGCGCGAGUGCCGCGAGCCGCGAGCCGCGAGUUGAUGCGAGCGAUCGGAAGAUCGCUUGAUAUGGAGAUUUGCUUCAGGACCGAAUAGCAAGGAACUGAUACAGCGACAGCGACACUUUUAUCUCGCACGCAAUCAUGGCUGCCUAGCGCAGGGCGCGUAUCGACCAAUUUUGUCAAACGUCAUUUCAGGUCCGCGAACCCCGAGGAUUCGGCGUUGAGGAAUGUAGGCGACGAAAGCACGGAUCAAAAUAAUAAUAUAACUAUGACGAGCGAAGAUCUGCUGCAGCCCGGCCAUGUGGUCAAAGAGCGUUGGAAAGUUGUGAGAAAAAUAGGUGGCGGGGGAUUUGGUGAAAUUUACGAAGGUCUUGAUUUAAUGACGAAGGAACAAGUGGCCCUUAAAGUUGAAUCUGCACGGCAGCCAAAACAAGUCUUGAAGAUGGAGGUAGCUGUACUGAAAAAAUUACAGGGUAAAGACCAUGUUUGCCGUUUUAUUGGCUGUGGACGUAACGAUAGAUUUAAUUAUGUUGUAAUGCAAUUACAAGGAAAGAACUUGGCGGAAUUGCGCAGAGCACAACCGCGAGGAGCUUUUUCACUUUCUACUACGUUACGUCUUGGUCUUCAAAUUUUAAAAGCUAUAGAAAGUAUUCAUCAAGUGGGAUUUUUGCAUAGAGAUAUUAAACCUUCAAAUUUUUCAAUUGGCCGCCAUCCGUACAACUCAAGGCUGGUAUACAUGUUAGAUUUUGGUCUAGCUCGACAAUUCACGACCAGUACGGGAGAGGUGCGACCGCCUCGUGCCGCUGCGGGAUUUAGAGGAACCGUCCGAUACGCGUCAGUCAAUGCACACAAAAAUAAAGAGAUGGGCCGACAUGAUGAUUUAUGGUCACUAUUUUAUAUGCUAGUCGAAUUCGUUAAUGGGCAACUGCCAUGGCGAAAAAUAAAAGAUAAAGAGCAAGUGGGUCUCAUGAAAGAAAAAUAUGAUCAUCGAUUACUUUUAAAACAUCUUCCAUCCGAUCUACGAGUCUUUUUAGAACACAUUCAGAGUUUGGAGUAUGCAGAUAAACCAGAUUACGGUAUGUUAGCUGGUCUGUUUGAACGAUGUAUGAAACGUAGAGGUGUAAAACCAAACGAUCCCUAUGAUUGGGAAAGGCCAUUAAUAGCUAAUGAAGGUUUAUCAAGUACUAGAUCAUUACCUACGGUAGCUGUACCACCUGCUCUAACUACAGCUACUACUCUCAAUCAGCCUCCAACCACAAAUGUGGAUACGAAUAACCAAGAGAACGUGGAACCAGACAACAGAAAGGAGUUGGAUGCACAAUUGGAUUACGAAAGUAUAUAUAGAAGAAACAGGCAACGUGGAAUAGAAGGUUCUCCAGUGCCAUUUGCAGCAGCUAUCAGCAAUCAUGGUAGGGAUAAAAAUUGCAAUGCCACAAUACCAACGACGGAUAAUACGCAUCAACAGGUCGCGCAACAGACUGUGCCACCUUUGCCAACCCAAGGAUCUCCCAAGAAACGACGCGCAGUCUCGAUGGCAGUAGAAUCUCAAGUUCCUACGCCAGUAGAAAAGCAGGUAGAUAACGAGGGAGAUGCAUUGAUGGCUUCCGCACGUUCCGCAUCCGAGGUUCCUCGCUUUAAAACAGUAACAAAUGCAACAGCACCACUUAGGAAAUCAGCGAGCGGCGCUACAUUGCCCGCUACUCUUGCCCGUUUGCGCAUCGCUACACCCGAGGGAACGUCUGGGGAAUUACCGAGCCCUCGUAUACAGACGGAAGUCGACGCUUCUUAUUGCUCUUAUGACGUAACUAAUACUAAACACGUUGGAAAUCAAAGCCCGGUAACUGAACAAAGAGAACCUCUGAGAAGAGAACCCAGAAGGAGAGCAGAUAGCCGACAACAAGUCAGAAGCGGACGUUCGGCGGUACGUGACUGUUCUAUUACGCAAUUUGCGCAAAUAGACGACGACAACGUGUCCGCCCUGCAACAAGUGACCAAAGGCGGCGGAGGAUUGACUCUGGCCUCGCAAUGGAAAUCACAAUUUGACGAUUCCGAAGAGACUGAUAACGAGUGGAAAGGCGAAAAUUUGCAGAGCCCCGAGCACAAAGGGACAAAUGCCCCAUCCAUACCGCCACAAUCCACAGGUAUCAUCGAGGGUUCACAGCACGUGGAUACAAAACCCGUCGCAACUCAAUCAAAUGCCUCAAAUGUGUGUCAACAGCAGUCUUUAAUGCCCAUGCCCAUAGCACUGUCGAAAAUAAGCGAGGAUUCUCCGAGACCAGCGGUGCCGCAUAGAUGUUUAAACAUUGCGGGUAUCGAAAAAUAUCCAGAACUGCAAGGAGCACUCCCGCGAGCUUGGAGCGUUCCAGUUUUAGCGCCACACGUUCGAGCUUAUCUCGAAGCUCCAUUGGUUCAGCAAGCGGCAUUUGAUGAUUUGCUGUAUGAAGUCGAUGUUAUGAGGAAUAUUGCUACUCGAUACGAUGAACCGAGACAGACCGCACCAGUCAGAAGAUCUAGUCUACCAGCAGUAGCUUUCUCUCCCGAUGCAAUGUUUAACACUCCUAGAGGAGAGGAAGAGGAAGAAGCAGUAGCGGGUAGAUUGGAAAUCAGAGUGGUAGAUGCAACCGGUGGUGCUACAAUUGUGCAGACUAGUGCUGACAGGGAACCGUUACAAAAGAAAUUGACGAACGGCACGGCAGGUAGUCCAGCUAGUCCUAAUCCGGGACCGGAAGAACCAUCGAUAUAUUACGACGCGACCGAGAAUCGACCAACUGCAAACGCGAGUUUGCAAAAGGAAUCGAUUAAUGCCACUACUGCCUUGACUACUGUACAAAAUGCAGUACCGAUUCGUGAUAAUAAGGACAAUAAAGAGAAGGAAACAUCUAGUAGGACGUACAUCGCUCAUAGUAAAAUACCGGUUCCUGUUAGAAGUCCAAGGUGUUCGUUAUCCGAAUCGACGCCCGAGACUAACACUUUAAAUAUCAAGGCGGGAACUGGAAGUGACGUAGAAAAACUACCCGUGCCCGCGACCGCAACUAAGGAAAAGGAGAAUACCAGCUCUGCCGAAGAUGAAAAUUUAACUGGAUGUACGCCCGCUUUGCGCCGCCGAAGACAAAGUGAAAAAUAUGUGACAGACGCUAGUCAGCUGAAUCUGCAGUUCCAAAGACCGCAACAUAGAACGAGACCGCAAUCUGAAGUAUUGCCAAGACUUUCUCCUAGGGGAGUACCUUCGCAUCUUUUACGGGAGCCUGGUAAAAAAUCCGAAGAGAGCAGUGAAAGUGAUUCUAAUAGCAGUGGACCGCCAAAAUCUUCUCGUCAACCACCACCACCGCCUACAUCGUUGCCACCUCACAUAGCAGAAAAUAAAGCUAGAUGCCGCCGUUAUUGGCCCAUACCAGACGCAACGGUUGCUAGCAGAGAAUCGUGAGAUUUGAUGUUAAAAAUGACAAAUAGCCUUUGUUUGUGUUAAGAUUGAGAAGGCUUUUACUGCUCAACCAUCUGAGAAUGUGAUAUCAUUUGGGACACCGAAACGACGCAAUUUUUCUGAUAAAUACGUCGGAUACAUGAAAAUUUUAGUAAAAAAUAAUCAUAUCUAUAUAUCUACAAAGAGAUACAGAACAUAGCUGUUCAUUUAGCGUGCGAAAAUGUAAUUGUUUGUGAAUGCGUAUUCACGUAAUGCCGCUUUAAUUAAUUGCUGAACUUGGUGAGCGACGUUCUCAAAAGAAAUCUUUCUAAUUAUUUUUGGGGGCAUGUGCUCAACAAGUCACAGCAACGUGAAUGAAAGUGUACAUGAGAUUGCUUUCAGUGUGCAAGCAGUACACGUAUCUGGUAAUUCAAGAUGGUCGCUUUUUUUAAGAUUAUACUUUUUUUUACUUAUAACACUUGUCACAUUUAUGUUACAAUAGAUUUGUUCGUGUUACUUGAAAUUCUCAAAAAUUCCUGCCUUUAAAACGAGAUAAAUAUACAUUAGGCAUUGGAGAAAAAGAAGGCAAAGAUUCUAAAUGCAAAUAGUGCGAGCAACACAAACAAACCUGUCCAUUCAGUAUCUUUUAAAUUUCUACAUAUGAUAAUAUAUAUUUCUUUUCUUAUUUUUUUUAAAUCUGUUGGAUUUACAA